AUGUGCUGGGCGGCGCUGCUCGAGGCGAGCCUCGUCGUCUGCGCGACGGCGAGCGGCGCCGCCAACCUCCCUCAGUACGGCCGCCGCCUCUCCGGCGCCACAGUCUUCCGGUACUGCUCGACGGUGCUGUGCGCGCAGCACGCGGUCCUCUACGUGGUCGCUGCCUUUUGGAAGCUGACCACGUCCUUCCUCGACCACCGCACGAGCUGUGCGACGGUGCUCUUCGCUGAGCUCGCGACCGUGCUGCCGGACGCCGCGCUCGAGGCGCUGCCGCUGCUCGUGCUGUCUCCGCGCGCCGGCGUGGUGGCCGGCUUGCUCUUCCACACAAGCAUCAACCUGCUCCCGCUCAACUACGCGGCAGGCUUCUCGCUCAUGUGCGCGACGCUUUCCUGGGGCAUUGGCGGCCCCGUGCUCGGGCUGCAGCAGAUGAGCGGGCUGACCAUGUACGCCAACCUCAAGCAUUGGGGCGGGUCGAACCACCUCCUCCUCCCGACCAACCUGCUCGCGGAGACAGACUGGCUUCCGGAGGCGGCAUCGCGCGCGAAGCUGCCCCUCCUCUCCGCCCUGCUGGCCAUCUUCGGCCGGGCGCAGGGGCAGGUGGUGCGGGUGGAUGCGACCAACUCGAGCGUGCUGCGUGAAUUGUCGCCUGCCGACUCGACGCCGCUGCUGCCCGCGCACGCGGUCGCUUUGAUGCGCGCCUCCGGCGCCUCCGGGCGUUACUACGGGCAGUACUGCGCGCGGAUGUUUGUCGGUCGAGACAACGACUUGCCGAGCUCGGGUACGAUUGGCAACGCGGUUGCCGGCGCUGGCCCGAAGAGCGCUGGCGCGGAGGAGGGUGAGGAGCUUCCGUACGCGCUCACUGCCUACGAGCUCCGCCGCCUCCUCGCCGCCGCCCGGGCGCACGGCGAGCCCUUCACUCUCACCUUCACGCCGUCCCUCCCGACUGCCGGGUCGCCCGCCGAUUGGCGCGACUUUGUCGGCGAUAGCGCCUCGCUAGUGGAGGAUCCGAGCGCGGGCCGCGCCGAGUGCACGAUCGCCGGCGCCGAUUGCGCGUCACACAAGGCAGCGGCCGUGGUCGCGCUGAUGUCCGCAGCGCCGCCUCGCUGGCUGAGCAAGGUGCUAAUGGCGUACCCGGUGCCGCUCCUGCCGCCGUCGGAGGCCGAUCCGGGCACUGAGGUCCAUUGCAGCGCUUGAGGGGCGGGGGGAAUAGGGUCCUCGGAAAAUGUGCACACCCACAGUCAGCUCUCUGCUGCUAGAUGCUAGCUGAAGCUCUCGUGCGCUUGUGUACGCGCUAACUUUCUCCUGACUCCACGCGUGUAUAUUUCG